CACCUGUGCCCAUCAUCCUGAUGCUGAUCCCUGUACCUUUUGAACUGUAUGCGCGUGCCAUGGAGUUGCAGUGACGAGAUAGAUAAGGAAUAUCGGCAUCCCUACUGGAAAGAGAGAUGAUGGAGCCCGCUGCGGAACCCCGGUGGAUGAUGCAUGCUCAUCAUUCAGCCGUAAUGGGCACCUCUGAUUCGGUGUCUCCUCAUGCUGGUCUGGGACAUCAUAGUUCGGGCUAUAUGGAGCCAGGAGCCCCGUUAUUACAACCAGACGAGGUGGAUGUAUUUCUCAGUCAUUUGGACUCUCAGGGAAACCCCUACUAUCACACACACGGGUCCCACUCUCAUUCCCGUGCACGGAUGUCUUACAGCCAAACGCAUGCACGCCUUACGGGUGGCUCAAUGUGUCGACCUCACCUGAUCAACACUCACGGUCUUUCUUUACUGGACAACAGCAAAUCGACCUUUUCGACAGCUCAGCACCACGGCUCGUGGACUGUCAGCCACCUGGGCAAAGCGGUUCUGCAUUCAGCAGGCGCCGAAACCCCCACCGGCCUGUACGCGGGCACCGGUGCGCCAGCCUCGGGUUCGAUGCCGUGCCUGUCGAUGACGCAACACUGCAGCGCUCAGCUCUACUGCCUGCCGCCCACCCCGCCCAAAGACGCGUCCCCGGACCCGACCUGUGCCGCGGUAAGGGAUGCCGCGAAGUACCAUCUCCAUCUAGUUGACGGGAUGAAGAUGGAGGGCUCCAGUCCAAUCCGUAGCAAUCCGCAUCUGGCGCAAACGACACCCCCUAUACCUUCAUAUCCCGAUUAUUCAGUAGCCGGAGCGCACGAGUAUCCCGCCAGUGUGUUUCACUCCAGAAAUCUGCUCGGAAACAUGUCGACAAAAUGCAAAAGUAAAAACCGCGCUUUCUCAGGACGUGAAUGUGUAAACUGUGGAGCUACAUCGACUCCUCUGUGGCGGAGAGAUGGCACAGGUCAUUAUCUGUGUAAUGCAUGUGGACUCUACCACAAGAUGAAUGGGCAGAACAGACCUCUCAUCAGACCCAAGCGCAGAUUGUCAGCAUCUCGACGAGCAGGCACCUGUUGUGCCAACUGCCAGACUGGGACCACCACACUCUGGAGACGUAAUGCCAACGGAGAGCCCGUCUGCAAUGCCUGCGGUCUAUACUACAAACUACACAAUGUGAACCGUCCACUUACUAUGAAGAAGGAUGGGAUUCAGACACGCAACAGGAAAAUGUCCGGCAAAUCUAAGAAGAGGAGAGGAGAACACUUUCAUCAGUUUGACAGUUGUGUGCACGACAAACCCUCUACCUUCAGCCACAUGGCUAACAUGCACCACCCGUUCAAUAUGACUCCGCAAAUACAAUUACAUCCUGCAUUCAGUCACAGCAGCUUAGUCACUGCUAUAGGAUGAGAGACAGCUGUAGAAGGCAACACAACUAAUCAACACUUACUAUCUCCAUUCUUUGGUUUCACUGUACAGGACAUUUCGUUAACACUUCAGAUGUUCAUUAUGCAAGGUUUAAAAUUCUAUUUGGUCUUGAUUUAAAAAGAUGCACUUUAUUUUGUGGAUUCAUGAAAUGUGUUUUAAGCCAACACGGAAUUUGAUCGCAGUACACCAAGAGUUUCGUUAAUUUGGUCAAUUUUAAUAAAUAUUUAUUCAAGUAUAAUCUCAACUUUCAUGCCUGAUUAUGUCAUUCAUCCGACUGCACUGUUAUGUACUUGUGAAGAAGGAAAAAGCCCCAUGUUUUUGACCAUAACAUAUGUUUUUAAACAUUUGUAAUUAUGUCUUUAAUUUAUUUUUCUGAUUACUUAUUUCCAAGCUUUAUGUGAACUAUUAUUAGCAUCAAUAGAAAGUUAAACUAUCCUUAUUUACUGUAUACACAUAUAACACUUAGAAGACACUUUUUUAUUGUACAUUUAUUUUCAAAUUUUAGUAAAUAAAUGAUUUUAAAACUGUU